AUGCACGCCCCCGUCGACGGAAGAGAAAACUUUGUCGACAUUCUCAUCAUCGGGGCUGGGAUAUCUGGCGUAAAUGCAGCUUAUCGGAUCCAGUCCGGGCUGCCAGACUACAAGUAUGUCAUCCUCGAAGGUCGAGGUGAGAUCGGAGGGACGUGGGACUUGUUUCGAUACCCCGGGAUCCGCUCCGACUCGGACUUGUUCACCUUUGGAUUCUCCUGGCAUCCGUGGAACCAGAACAACCCCAUCGCCGAGGCCUCUGCCAUCAAGGCGUACAUGAACGACUCGGCGCGUCUUUUUGGCAUCGACAAACAUAUCCUGUUCCAUCACAAGGUCGUAUCGGCCUCGUACUCGUCCACCGACAGGCUGUGGAGGUUGGCUGUCGACUACAAGGGAGCAACCACAACCUUCUCGACGAGAUUUCUGGUCUUCGGCACGGGCUACUACGACUACGAACAGCCGCUCCAGACUGAAAUACCUGGGCUCGACCGAUUCCAGGGACCCGUCGUCCAUCCACAGUUCUGGCCCGAGGACCUUGACUACUCCAACAAGAAGGUGGUCAUCAUCGGAAGCGGCGCGACCGCAAUCACGCUGGUGCCUUCGAUGGCCGAUCGCGCGGCAAAAGUCACAAUGCUGCAACGCAGUCCCUCGUACAUCAUGUCACUUCCGAACAGGUCCAAGCCGGGAUUGUUCGACGCAAUGCUUCCGAACAGGAUCGUGUCCCGGCUCACGCGCUUCAAGCUGAUCGUCAGGACGCGCCUCUUCUACCUGUUCUGCCGGAAGUUCCCCGACUUCACGAGGCGGCUUCUGCUGCGCGGCGUGCGUCGACAGAUACCAGACACGGUGGCGGUCGACCCACACUUCUCGCCGCGCUACGACCCCUGGGAUCAACGGCUGUGCCUGUGUCCGGACGGCGACUUCUUCAAGAGCCUACGCAGCGGCAAGGUGGAGGUGAAGACCGAUACGAUCGACACGGUCCAAGCCGACGGCAUCCACCUGCGGUCCGGCGAAGUUCUCCCCGCCGACAUCGUCGUGACCGCCACGGGCCUCAAGCUGCGUCUGGGCGGCAGAAUCAAAGUCGACGUCGACGGCGUACCGUUCGACAUGGCCGGCAAACUCAUGUGGCACAUGGUCAUGAUGCAGGACCUGCCCAACGCAGCGUUCCUCCUGGGCUACACCAACGCCUCCUGGACACUGGGCGCGGACGCGUCGUCGCUGUUCCUCACGCGCCUCCUCCGCAUGAUGGACAAGAAACACAUCGACGCCGUCAUCCCGCGACGCGAGCCCGGCGCCGCGAUCCAGCCCCAGAAAUUCCUCGACCUGAACUCAACCUACCUCAAAGCCGCGGAGAAGGACCUCCCCCAGACGGGCGAUCGCGGCCCGUGGAAGCCUCGCACCUACUACCUUUGGGAUCUCCUGUUUGCAAAGUACGGCCAGAUAGGCGAGUCGUUGGAGAUGGUCAAAGCCACGUAG